AUGAAGGCUAUGUUGAAAGACAUGGGAUUAUCAUUCCAAUUCUUGCCCUUUCCUCAAAGAUUAUUAAUGCCACUCCAUCUCAAGGAUUAUGAGGAAGAAGAAACUGAUAAAGAUGAAGAAGAAUUAGCUACUGAUAGAUUACUCAAUCUCUGGAUAAGGUUCAGUAAAGUUGAAAGAGAUGUGACUAUAAUGAAGCGACUUAUGGCUUUGGGUGAAGAUUAUGAUAUGGUUACUGAUGACACCCCACCAAACUCUUCAGGUGAUAAUCCUUAUCCACCUCCACCUCCAUCAACAAAUCUUCCUUCACCACCUCCUCCACAAUCUCAUCCUCUUCUUAAAACUCCUCCAUCACCUCCUUACUCUCCUCCCCAAUAUGAUGCAGCCAAAAAGGGGGAGAAUAAUCAAGGGAUUGUUAUUGCUGAUAUUCUAGAAAUUGAUGCAACAACUGAUGAUCAUCCCAUUCAAGACAUUGGUGAUCAAUUAGAGACCAAUGACUAUGAAGGGUUUCAUGAUCUUGGUUUCAUGCCACAAGCUGUUGUUCCUUUGAAUGUUGUCUACCUUGGUUCUUACUUUGAGAGGGAGAUUACUCAAGAGGGAGCUCAUGACGUUGAAGCGUCCUCCUCAUAA